AUGACGGCCCCAUCCUCCACAGCCCUCCCAGACCCCACGCAUCGAAAGCGCGAACUGCCACAGAACGAGCUAGAAGCGACCUCGCAGCUGAAACUGGGAGAAUUCCAAAACGUACCGACGCUCUCGCUAUCAGAGGCGCGGCUGGUUAUUAAUAAGGUGCUGGAUUUGAGGAGGAAAGGCGAUCAUAAGUUUGAAGAGAGGGAGACCCUAGUAAAAACGCAAGAUUAUCUUGAGCUCUUCGCGCGGUUCAAGGAGAAGGAAAACAUCGAGGCUGUCGAACGCUUGCUAUCUGCACAUACUGAGCUUGAGUUUUUUGAGCGGUCGCAACUAGGAAGCCUUUGCUGCAACGAUGCUGAAGAAGCCAAGUCGCUCAUCCCCAGCAUCGGGAAUAAAAUCUCCGACACCGAGCUCCAAGAACUGCUAGACGAAUUGACGAAGCUGAGGAACUUUGUGGAGUGA